CCCGCCCGGGAAGGGCAGCGUUCCUCGGGCUGGCUGGCGGGCCGUGGGUCCGAGCAGUCUGGGCUGGGCCGGGGGGUCUCGGGGGUCCCGGGAGAAGGGAAGGAGAGUGGAAGGAGGCAGGGCUGCCCAGGAGGAGGGAGGAGGCAGGGGUGCUGCGCUGACAGCAUCGGCAGAAGGGGCGGGCGCCCGCCCGCGUUUCCUCCUCCCCCUUCCAGAGGCAGCGGCCCGGCCCGAAGGGAAGACGAGCCCGCCCGGGGCAGGCUGGACAUCCAGCAGCUGGACGUCCCGCCGCCUGCGUUCCUCGCCGCCUCCGGGAGUCUUGGGUCUGCGCAGCGGUCAAGGGCACGGGGCCGCGGCCAGCCGGACAGGCUCCGCACUGCUGCAGCUCCAGAGGCGCUCAGGGCUCCCGAGGGCUCUACGCCCGGGGCUGCGCUGCACCCCAAACUGCCCGCAUGGAUAAGGCGAUGAAGCGGGGCCGGCCGGAGGAGCGGCUGGGUGAGGUGGCCCAGCAGCCGCAGCCACCCACGGGGGACGAGGACGAGGAAGAGAUGGAGCCCGAGAUGAUGGAACAGGAGGAAGAAGAGGAGGAGGAGGGGGAGGAGGAGGUGGACCCCCGUAUCCAGGGGGAACUGGAGAAGCUAAACCAGUCCACAGAUGACAUCAACAGACGGGAAACUGAGCUUGAGGAUGCCCGCCAGAAAUUCCGCUCUGUUCUGGUAGAAGCGACAGUGAAGCUGGAUGAACUGGUCAAGAAAAUUGGCAAGGCUGUGGAGGACUCGAAGCCUUAUUGGGAGGCCCGGAGGGUAGCCAGACAGGCCCAGCUUGAAGCCCAGAAGGCGACUCAGGACUUCCAGAGGGCAACCGAGGUUCUCCGAGCUGCCAAGGAGACCAUCUCCUUGGCGGAGCAGAGGCUCCUGGAGGACGACAAACGGCAGUUUGACUCUGCCUGGCAAGAAAUGCUCAAUCACGCCACCCAGCGGGUCAUGGAGGCUGAGCAGACCAAGACAAGAAGUGAACUGGUGCACAAGGAGACAGCAGCCAAGUACAACGCCGCCAUGGGCCGCAUGAGACAGCUGGAAAAGAAGCUCAAGAGGGCCAUCAAUAAAUCCAAACCUUAUUAUGAACUCAAGGCAAAGUACUAUGUACAGCUCGAGCAACUGAAGAAAAUCGUGGAUGAUCUGCAGGCUAAACUGUCUCUGGCCAAAGGCGAGUACAAGACAGCACUGAAGAACCUGGAGAUGAUUUCUGAUGAGAUCCAUGAGAGGAGGCGUUCCAGUGCCAUGGGUCCCCGGGGCUGUGGGGUGGGAGCUGAGGGCAACAGUAUGUCUGCGGAGGAGCUCUCCAGGAACAAGCCAGAGUUCGACUCAGCUUCAGUGGCCUCGGAAGCACUGGAAGAUGACAACUGCAGCAGCCUGGUGUCAGAAGAGGAUUCUGAAACCCAGUCUGUGUCCAGCUUCAGCUCGGGGCCGACGAGUCCUUAUGAGCUUCCGAGCCCGCUGUCGCUCGUCAUGAGGCCCGGGAGCCUCGAUCUGCCCAGCCCUAUGUCUCUCUCUGAGUUUGGGAUCAUGUUUCCUGUGCUGGGUCCUCGGAGUGAAUGCAGUGGGGCUUCAUCCCCAGAGUGCGAAGUGGAAAGAGGAGACAGGGCAGAAGGGGCUGAGAACAAGAUGAGUGACAAAGCCAACAAUAACAGGAGCGCUGGCACCAGCAGCAGCUCUUCCCCUGCAGAUCGAAGCCUGGACAACGACAUCAAACAGCUCUCCCUCCAGUAUCCAAAGGGAAAAGAUGGGAUUCUCGGUGACAGAAAAGUGGUGCAGAUUGGCUGAAGGAUCUGAGGAGGCCAGUGCCCAAAGAUCUGAAUAUUUAUAUGUGAAAAUUGAACAGAUGGACAGAGUGUUGUGCCAUUAUUUCUUUACUAUAUGCCAAAUCUUAAGCAUUUACUCUGAACUGCACUAAGGAAAUUUGUGUCCCAGAGGGCUGGAUUCAGCUCGGGUUUUCUGCCCAGCAAAAUGUCUUGGAUGGGUAGGCACUGGGGAGUGGAGAAGUUGUGAGCAGGACAGGCAGUCCUCACAUUCCUCCGGCAUUUGUAAAAUACGUCCUCCCCACCAUCCUUGUUAGGAGCAAUAACAGCUUUCCAAAAUACAGCGUGAAACAAGAGAAGGUCUGGGAAACCAAGCUUGACCUUGGUGAUUUGGGCAUUUUGCUCCUUUCUCUUCCUAUACUUGUUUUUGUUUUGAAAGGUGAAGCUUAUGCUCCCCAGUAAUCUGGGGCUGGUGGCCUCCCAAAUGAAAUGAACUGAAAAUACAGUAAUUAAAACAUCCAUCACUUUUAGUAUUGUAAGGCAUUAACAAAAUGACCUGCAAAAAAGCCGUUAUCUCUGGCUCACAGAGGCAAGCCCCAGACUUACUAACUGCCUCUCAUCUUUGGAGGUGAACUGUUAAAAAGGUAAACAGUGCUCAACAUGGGGCACGCACCUAGAAGCUUUUCCAGUGGCUUCUAUCAAGAUUCCUGGAGAUCAGCACUUUGUGGGCCGGGGGAGACUGGGGUUUGCCUGGGUCCAGGUAACUUACUGUAGUGGGGGGGGUAUUCCUGGCUGGAGCAGGCAGUGUAGCGUAGACCUUGUGUUGCCAGCCAAAGGGUGGUGGGUGGUGGGGGGAGGGGGGAGAUCCACGGUUUGUUCUUCAUGAGAUGCAUGUGCCAGAGCAGUUGGCCGUCAUGGUAUCUAGACUGACGAAAGUGUUCAUUUAUAUGUGGGUUGUAACUUUUUCCUUCUCUUUUUAAAAAACUAUUAUUUAAGAUAAAGUUAUGCUGCUCUAGCAUAUAUUACAGACACUGUUCCUUCCAGCCUAGAAAAAGGGAGUUAGGCAUGUCUUGGCAAAGGCUGUCCCAUAGAAGCAGCAAGGCCUAGUAGUUAUGCUCAUAGUUGUAAGCGUAGAUUCUUUUUCUUUCAAGUUUCGGUGGUCUGAAGUAAAUAAAGCACCGUAGCUGUCCCUCUCUGGCUAGUCUGAGGGGUGGGGAGGGGGGAGACACCCAUCACACAGGCACCAGCUACACAAACUCUCCAUCUGUUUCAUGUGAUGAGGUCUUGGUUUGGUUUUUUUUGGUGGUUGUCAUUGCUGUUCCUGCCCUAGCUCGAAUAUCUAGUCCUGUUUGUAAACUUCUUCACGCUGGUAAACCUUCAAUUUUUCCUGUUUUUUAUGGACUGACACGGUAUCCUGAAUUCAAAGUUAUUUUGUACUUGUCUUAAUACCUUGAAUGUAAUAAAAACAAAAUCUCAAGA